CCAGGGACUCUUCAGCACGUGUGUGCAGUUAUGGCGGCGGAGGAGCAGGACCGCGCUGCUGCUGCUGAUGUUCUGAGAUCUUUAGCGCGAUACCUGAACUGCCUGAACGAGGACAACAAGAGCAGCAGGGCGCGAGCGCUAGAGCGAAUCCGGCGAGAGACGGUGGGUGAUAAUGCGCUGCCGAGCUCGGAGCUGCAGGAGGUGUUCGGGGGUCUGCUAAAGCCUGUGCUGAAGUGUGUGUCAGACCCCGCGGAGAAAUGCAGAGAAACCGCUAUCCAGAUCAUCACAGACUUUAUCAGGGCCGUGCCCGAGCCGGAGCAGGCUCUGCCCUACCUAAUGCCCUGCCUGGCUCAGCGGCUCGGCGGCAAGGAGAUCCUGGAGCCGGCCGAGGAGCUGCGCUUCUCCAUGCUGGAGCUGCUCUGCCUGGUUGUGGAGGUCUGUGGGCGGAAACUCGCUCCGUACCUGGAUGACAUGAUCAGAAUCCUGCAGAGAACUAUAACCGACCCUUUUCCUGACGCUAAGAGAGAGAGCUGUAAAUGCACCAUACAGUUCGCGCGCUGUGUACCGGAUCACUUCCACAUGCAGGCAGAGAGUCUGGUGAAGCCUCUGAUGCAGACGCUCUCUCACCAGCACUCUCGUGUGAGAGUCGCAGCUACAGAAGCAACAGGUGCUGUUAUCCAGUACGGCACAGGGAAGAACGUGGAUGAUGUGCUGUCUCACCUGGCACAGAGACUGUUUGAUGACUCCCCACAGGUGAGGAAAGCUGUGACUGCAGUAGUUGGUGACUGGCUUCUUCAUCUGCAGGACAGAUACUCCUACUUCCACAAGCUCAUCCCACUGCUGCUCAGCAGCCUCAGCGACGACAUCCCUGAGAUAAGGAACUUGGCUGUGGAGCUUUGGGGACAGAUUGGCGCUCAGUGGGAGAAAGAAAAUGAAGACGAUCUGAAGGACAAAAUGGAUUUUCUGCUGUCUGCACCUUCUCGAUAUCCACCUGGGGUGGAGCGUCCGCCGCUGGGCUGCAGGGAGCUGGUGGUAAGGAACCUGUCGAAGCUGAUGCCUGCUCUGGGUCGUGAUGCAGGUGACUGGCUGGUGCAGACACGUGUGAAAGCACUGCAGCUUUUGAGGGUUCUUCUGUUGCAUGCUGAAGACCACUGCACACAACACCUGCAGCCUCUUCUUACAACCUUAUACCGUGCCUGUGCUGAUCCUGAACCAGCCGCCAGAACACAUUGUUUGGAGUCGGCGGAGCUGCUUGGUGUGUUUGUGAAUCCAGAGGUUUAUCUCAGUCUCCUGCUGGCUGAAGUGAGCAGCUCUUCCUUCUCUUCCUGUCUGUGGGCUCCGCUCAUGGUCCUGACAGCCGUACUGAAGGGCAGCUCCAGGGAAGCUCUCCGGCCGCACCUGCUGCAGCUCGGAAACACACUCGCUCAACCUGACGUCUGCCAGGAUUCCCAGCAGGUGGUGUAUCUGGAGCAGUUGGUGGUGUGUGUGGAGGUUCUGCUGCGUGUGUGUGAGGAAGACUGUGGCAUCAUCAGUCUGCAGCUGCUGAAGGUCCUGGUGAACGUGCAGAGCUUAAGCACAGAGCAGGAGCUGUGCAACAGGGCGGAGGAGUGUGUGAGGUGUUUAUGCACAGUAUUGGGUCUCAGCGAUGUGUCUGAUUUGUACAGGCAACACAUGGCUGACUUGCUGCAGUGGCUGUCUGACUCCCAGCACUGCUGGACUGCUCACUCCGUCCACAAAAACCUGCUGAACAUCAUCGCCUUGCAGUCAGGGCCUGUGCUGGGUGAAUUUCUUCCCCAGUUUCUGCCGUUAUUGCGAAGCUGUCUGGAGCCCAGUAGAGACCCUGAGCUACGGCUGCAUGUUUUCACUGUGCUGUCCAAACUACUGCUGAACUCCAGCAAAACACUGAACUCACAGAGGUGUUUUGGUGAAUAUGUUGGAGUGUUUCUACAGGAGUUGUUAUUGCCAAACCUGGUGUGGCGAGCCGGCCGGACAUCUGCAGCGGUCAGAACAUCCGCCCUCAGCUGCCUUCUCGCCCUGCUGCAGGGAGGGGCCAUCUCAAAGGAACAGGUUUUGAGUGUGGAGCAGAAGCUCAUUGCGGAUUUGAUUUCUACACUGGAGGAGGACUCUCAGCUCUCACGCCUUCUGGCUUCCAGAUCACUGCACACACUCAUGACCAUCACUGCACACUGCCUCAGCCCUGAGGCACUCAACAAGAUAUAUCCAGAGCUUCUAAAGCGUGUAGAUGACAGCAGUGACGAGGUGCGUGCUGAAGCCCUGAAGGCCUUGAGUGUGUGGUUCUCAUCUUUAGGGAAAGAUUACGACACACAGACAUACCGCCCCCAUCUGCAGUUCCUCUUCCAGCAGCUUCUGCUGUACCUGGAUGACCCUGAUCAAAGAAUCCAACUCGUAGUGCUGGAUGUUCUGAAGGUGGGCAGUAUGGCAGACUCUGCUCUGUUGCAGCAGGAGGUUGAAGCAGUACGAGGGAAACAGCGCAGUGCUGAGUAUUGUGAUCAGCUGCUGGAGCACAUACGUUCACACAUCGUAAAUUAAUUUAAGAUUUUUUUGUAGUAUUUUUAUUAAUUAAAAAAUGAACUGAAGUCAGUUUGCAUUUGAAACGGGAUGUUCCCGAUGUUGUGUCAAAAUUCUGUGCUCAAUAGACUAUUGGACAAAUAGAAUGUGUUUUACAUUGACGUCCAUUAAAGGUUCUGAUGAUUUUUUACUAUUCUUGUAAAACUGCAAUUGUGGAGAUAAGAGUUACAUUUUUGCCUGACAGCAAUGAUAUAAUAACAUAAUAUACUAUUUAUUUGUUACUUGUUUGCGUAAAGGAAUAACAGAUAAACAGUAUACGUUCUUAAUAAAUAUAAUGAACUUUCAUUUUAAUUUGUUGAAGUUGGCACUGUGCUCUGCAGUAUUUUAUAGUUUGAAAUGUGCCUUACUACUUGAAUUUGUCUUUAAAUAAUAAAAUACAGAAAUACAUUA